AAGAGCCCCAGACCUGUACCGGCCAGAGGUGCGGGGGGUGAGAGGAUUCACCAGAGACAGAGUGGGGAGCAGAACAGGCAGACUGACCGAAGUACCCUGCUGAGGGGAGCAGCGGGCAAGUCAGGAGAGAUCUGCUGCGCCAUGUGGGUUUCUCCCUGGCAGGUCGGGGGAUUGAACUCGUGCUGCAGAGGCUGCGGCAUCUUGCGCCACUAGGGAAGCCCCAUGAGAGGGGAUUCAGAGGUAGAGAUUCAGGCUUAGGAGCCUGGAUCCAAGGUUACUGAGGCAGCCUUCCAAGGGGGAGUCCAGGCUGAGGCAGACCAGUCCUGGGUGAGAAGAGGCCUGCAGACCGGCAGGUACCUGAUUCCCCAUCUUCCACUUUGUCUCUAGGUCUGCGUAGAGGUGCCGGGUCACCAUGCUCAGUCUCAAGCUGCCCCAACUCCUUCGAGUCCACCAGGUCCCCCGGGUAUUCUGGGAAGACGGUAUCAUGUCUGGCUACCGCCGCCCUACCAGCUCCGCCCUGGACUGUAUCCUCAGCUCCUUCCAGAUGACCAACGAGACGGUCAACAUCUGGACUCACUUCCUGCCCACCUGGUACUUCCUGUGGCGUCUCCUGGCGCUCGCGGGGGGCCCGGGCUUUCGGGCGGAGCCCUACCACUGGCCGCUGCUCAUCUUCUUGCUGCCGGCCUGCCUCUACCCCUUCGCAUCGUGCUGCGCGCACACCUUCAGCUCCAUGUCGCCCCGCGCCCGGCACAUCUGCUACUUCCUGGACUACGGCGCGCUCAGCCUCUACAGCCUGGGAAGCGCCUUCCCCUAUGCCGCCUACUCCAUGCCGGCCUCCUGGCUGCACAGCCGUCUGCACCAGCUUUUUGUGCCCACCGCUGCACUCAAUUCCUUCCUGUGCACCAGCCUCUCCUGCUACUCCCGGUUCCCGGAGCUAGAAAGCCCUGGGCUCAGUAAGUUCCUCCGCACUGCGGCCUUCGCCUAUCCCUUCCUGUUCGACAACCUCCCGCUCUUCUAUCGGCUGGGACUGUGCUGGGACAGGACCCACAACUGUGGGCAGGAGGCGCUGAGCACCAGUCACGGCUACCACCUCUUCUGUGCGAUGCUCACUGGCUUUCUCUUUGCAUCCCACCUGCCUGAGCGACUGGCACCGGGACGCUUUGACUACAUUGGCCACAGCCACCAGCUGUUCCACAUCUGUGCAGUGCUUGGCACCCACUUUCAGCUGGAGGCAGUGCUGGUGGAUAUGGGCUCUCGCCGAGCCUGGCUGGCCACACAGGAACCCACCCUGGGCCUGGCGGGCACAGUGGCCACGCUGGGCUUGGCGGUGGCCGGGAACCUGCUCAUCAUUGCUGCCUUCACAGCCUUCUUAUUUUGGGCCCCCAGAACCUGUUCCCUGCUGCAGGGGGACCUGCUGGAAGGGGGCACAAAGGCCAAGCAACAGUGAGGCCCCAUCUCAGAGGCUGCCCUGGACAGAGGCAGAGGCCUGGGCCUGGUGCUGGGGAGGAGUCCCGGCCCGGGGCCCGGGGAAGGUAGGGGCACAUCUGAGCCUGG